CAUAGUAACGUCACAGGCAGUCGCCAUUUUGUCGGCAGGUUUUUUUGAACCUUUCAAAUGUUUUCGCUUCCCGCCGGAAUAAUACAGUCGUGUGAGUCCAGAGUGACGGUUCCGUGUGGAGAAUUUCCUCGACUGUUCCGGAGUGGAGGCAUUUUCGGAACCAACGUUUGGACAUGUUCGGGGUAGAUUAAGCGGCACGGAGCUCUCCUGGCUAACGUUAGUAGCCGUGUCUGGGCUCUGCCGGGCCGGUCCGCUGCGCAGGUUUGGAGCGCGCGCCAUUUUGUGAAAACUGACACAUAAUCUUGGAGGAAAAGUGGAUUUUUAAAUAUAAAGACAUAUUCGUAGUGCAUGAUGCGUGUGCACUCGUAGCAGUUUUAACGUUGUCAACGGCGCACUUUUCUCCCCCCCAAAUCUGUGCUCCUGAACGUUAGCCAGGGAAACGUUCUGACUUUUGAACGAAAGGCUAACAAGCGGAAGCAGGAGCGGCUAGUAGCUGUUAGCUGGUUAGCCACAUUUGUCCAAGUCAACGAGACCGAGCUAACAUUAGUGUACUGUCGUUUGGCUGACCUGCUAUGGCUGUUUUGAGCACACAGCGUGACAUUAGGUUGGUUUUGCAGUUUGUCGCCUGUCACUUAGCUUGUUAGCUGCGGUGUGUGUGUGUGUGUGUGUGUGUGUAUAUGUAUGUAUGUGUGUGUGUGUGUUUCCGAGUGCCUCUCAGUCAGUGAACGCGUCGUAACCAACGUUACAGAAGCUGGAUCAUUGGCUUUACCUUUCCGGAUCUGGGCCUUUAAAUGAAGAUCACAUCAUUAAAGGGGGAGAGACCUCAGCAUGCCAACCCUGGUCUGGCCGGCUUGCACACUCUUUUUCUUUCGAUGCUGCUGGGUUUCACAUGGCUGCUCCGAUGCCUCAUUCACACCCGCAGCACACUGACUGUCACCAGCAGAGUACAGAGCAGUCUGGCACUGUACUACCAUACAGUGACCAGACACAAGCGCUCACUGCCAAUCAGAGGCACAUGCCCCAGUGUUUCCGUGAGCCCACUGCAGCUCCUUUGAGGAAGCUCUCUGUUGACUUAAUCAAAACCUACAAACACAUUAAUGAGGUGUAUUAUGCAAAAAAGAAACGACGGCAUCAACAACAGGGUCAUUGUGAGGACUCCAGCCAUAAGAAAGAGAAGAAAGUCUUCAAUGAUGGCUAUGAUGAUGACAAUUUCGAUUACAUUGUUAAGAAUGGAGAGAAGUGGAUGGACCGUUAUGAAAUCGACUCUUUAAUAGGGAAGGGUUCAUUUGGCCAGGUUGUCAAAGCUUACGACCGUGCAGAGCAGGAAUGGGUAGCAAUCAAAAUCAUCAAGAACAAAAAGGCUUUUCUGAAUCAAGCUCAGAUUGAAGUGCGGCUGCUGGAACUCAUGAACAAACAUGAUACAGAAAUGAAAUAUUACAUAGUUCAUCUGAAGCGGCACUUCAUGUUUCGGAAUCACCUUUGCUUAGUGUUUGAAAUGUUGUCAUAUAACCUGUAUGACUUGUUACGAAACACCAACUUCAGAGGGGUUUCUUUAAACCUGACACGGAAAUUCGCGCAGCAGCUCUGCACUGCACUGCUGUUCCUCGCCACUCCUGAACUCAGCAUCAUCCACUGUGACCUCAAGCCAGAGAAUAUCCUACUAUGUAACCCCAAGAGAAGCGCCAUUAAAAUAGUGGAUUUUGGAAGCUCCUGUCAACUAGGACAGAGGAUAUAUCAGUAUAUCCAGAGUCGAUUCUACCGCUCCCCUGAAGUGCUGUUAGGAAUGCCAUAUGAUCUGGCAAUAGACAUGUGGUCACUGGGGUGCAUACUGGUGGAGAUGCAUACAGGAGAGCCUCUGUUCAGUGGAGCCAAUGAGGUGGACCAAAUGAACAAAAUAGUUGAAGUUCUUGGUAUCCCACCCAGUCACAUAAUGGACCUAGCACCGAAAGCCAGAAAGUUUUUCGAGAAGUUGUCAGAUGGGUCAUGGAGCGUUAAGAAGACCAAAGAUGGGAAAAGGUACAAACCCCCAGCUUCUCGUAAACUCCAUACCAUUCUGGGGGUGGAGGCUGGUGGACCUGGUGGUCGAAGAUCCGGUGAAUCCGGCCACGCAGUGGCUGACUACUUGAAGUUCAAGGACCUUGUGCUCAGAAUGCUGGACUACGACCCCAAGACUCGAAUCCAGCCCUAUUACGCGCUCCAGCACAGCUUCUUUAAGAAGACCGCAGACGAGGGAACGAACACAAGCAGCAGUGUUUCAACAAGUCCUGCACUUGAGCAUUCGCAGUCCUCAGGGACCACUUCUAGUACAUCCUCAAGCUCAGGAGGAUCAUCUGGAACAAGCACCAGUGGCAGAGCGAGGUCUGAUCCCACUCACCAUCAUCGGCACAGUGGGGGGCACUUUAGCACAGCAAUGCCAAGCAUAGACUGUGACAACCUCCGCCCUCAGAAAAGACAGCCUUACCAUCCUCCCCUAGUAUGGACUGAUGGUGGCUCAGAAGCGGUCGCCGUCGAGACGCAUCCAGUGCAGGAGACCACCUUUCAUGUGCCUCCUCAGCAUCCGAAAGCAUUACACCCCCAUCACCACCACCACCACCAUCACCAUCAUCAUCAUGGACAGGUCAUAACAGCGUUCCCUCGGUCACGGCUCUACAACUCGCCCACCAACAGCGCCUCCACACAGGACUCCAUGGAGGUUGGGCAUGGCCAUCUGUCCAUGACGUCGCUGUCUUCCUCUGCCUCCUCUUCCUCCACCUCUUCCUCUUCCACAGGAAACCAUGGCCACCAGGUGUACCAGUUCCGCCAGGGGCCCACCACAGCCCUAGACUUUAGCCGAAUUGGGAGCAUGGGGUUGGGUGCCUUCUCAAAUCCCCGCCAAGAAACUGGCAUUGCUGGACAUCCACCGUACUCCGUUCCCACCAACACGGGACCCGGGCACUUCAUAACAGAGGGACAUUUGGGAAUGAGACAAGGCAUUGAUAGAGAUGAGUCUCCGAUGACCGGAGUCUGCGUUCAGCCGAGCUCCAUGGCUAGUUCGUGACUAAUCUGAAAAUGUUUUGUUUUCUGUACGUGGUUAUUACGACUAUUUUUUUUUUUUUCUAGGUGAUAUUUUCCUUUCUUUCUUUUUUUUUUCUCCUAUUUUUAAAUGGUGCAUAGAGAACAAAAAGCUGCUCACUUUUUAGGGGAGAUAUCACUGAAACGCUACAACUGAAGAGUAUUUAAAGUAUAUGUGUUUCAAAUCUCUUUUUCUUUUUCCACAUUCGUAAUACUGCAAAAUAACCCUCAUAAAAUUGCAUCUGCCAGUUCAUUCACGACACAGAACUCAUGUCCCACUCAUUGUUCAUUCAUUUUAUCAAAUCAGUUUUUUUAGUGUUUCAAAGCCAAGAACUGCCACACAGCUAUCUACAUGUAAAGCAAUGCAAAAAAAAAAAUAUAUAUAUCCCCAUCCAUUUUACAUUCCAACAAGUGAAACGUUUAUUAUAAUAUAAUUUAUUUCCCCUUUAUUUGAAACCUCUCAAAGGAGCUGUGUGUUUAAAACCUGUAGUGUGUGCAGGAAGAAGUACUCGCAGUGGUCUUUGGUGUUGUCUGUAUUGUGUAACCGUGAGAAGCGUGUGCUCAGGCUGUGGGAAGCAGAGCGAGCCGCAGUGGCGUUCGGGCCGAGACGCGUCUCACUUUGUGUUCCAGUUAUGGAGAAGAUGCACUGAAUCGGGGCGGGGUCAGAUACAGAUUUUAAAAGGGGGUUCUCGUUAAGAGCCCCCUGUCAGCCUUAUGAUUUUUUUGAACAUUUGAAUGAAAAGGACAAACGUGGACAAAACUGUUCCGAUUAAAAAAAAAAGAAAGAAAAGAAACGGCUUUCCUCUCUUUUUAACGUACGUGAUGAUUAUUUAGAGGAAUGCUGAGUAGAGUUAAAAAGUAAUCAAGAGGUUAUAGAGGCCUUUAUUUAACAAAGGGACUCGUAAUUACAGGGUUUUAAUCCUAUCAUUUUAGUAGGAAUUCACAAGGAGUUCGUCACCCCUAUACGAGACGCUCGAUUUUAUUUAUUUUAUUUUCCUUUCGAUUGUACACUUUCCAUUGUUUACUUCAAUUUGCUUAUUCACUUUUUAGUCGAGAAAUAUCCGCUGAAAUUUGUGACUGCCUUUCUCCCCUCUUGAAUUAUGCUGUGAACUUUACACGUUUUUUUAAAUACCAAAGUAAUUGGGUUUUUUUUAAAGGUUCUGUAACCAGUAAUGUAGCAGUUCACCACUCCAACACCAGUGUUUUUAUUAAAUGAUCAGUUUUGUCCAUACCAAAUGUCUAUCAACUACUUUUGCAAGAUGGAAAUUAUUUUGCAGAGCUUGGUUGAAUUAAACAUCGUUAUUUUCAUUUUUUAAUUCUUUCAUACUUCAAGCAGUUGGGAGCAAAGCUUGGCACAACACUGCUGCUCUGCAGGCUACGGAGUAGCUGUUAAGGAGGCAAAAAAUAACCAUUUUUUUUUUUGUUGUUGUGGGUGAUGCUACGUUUUCUACUUACUUUUGGUUGACAUGCUGAUGUUUUUGUUUUUACCGAAGUACCAUACUUCAGCUCAAAUAUCCAGGCAGUCUACUGUAGCUACUAUGAGUUUGUCAACCUUUUUGUUUUUGUUUUCUGGUGCUUGUUUCCCCCCAUAUAGUGUUUAAACAGAUCCGAAAUAUGGCACCGAGGGCACACGGGCGUAUGCAUGUUCGCAAGAGAUUCAGUGUUUUCAAGAUCACUUUGUCAAACAAGCAAUUUGUUCAUUAAUUGCAUAAGCAAUCUCACCCACACUUUAUAGUACGCCAGGUUUUGGGAAGUGUUCUCCACCCGUGCUUCUCUCUCUCUCUCUCUCUCUCUCUCUCUCUCCCUCUCUCUCUCUCUCUCUCUCUCUCUCUCUCUCUCUCUCUCUCUCUCUCUCUCUCUCUCUCUCUCUCUCUCUCUCUCUCUCUCUCUCUCCCCUCCCUCCCCCCAUCGGGUUUUAACAAAGACCGACUCCAUCCGUCGCUAAAUACGUAUCUUUUAGCGUCCUGCUGCAAACAUUGAGUACCAGGACACACAAAAAGUGGUGUUUAUUUUGCUGAAGGCAUCUUUACCCUCUUCUAAAACAAAAUCAUGGUUGCUAUAUUUCCAUAUUCUGAGAAGAGUCAUGGUGAUGAGAAAUGGUUCAUAUCAAUGUUAAAUGGCUUUUAAAAAAUAGUUUUUAUAAGAAUGACCCCGUUUGAGUGGGGAAGACGGCAAUUUGCUGAAGCUCAAAACAUUCCAAAAUAAACCUGGGAAAGAAAAAAGACAAAAAAACACGAAACAUAUUAAGUGUCUACCUGUUUUAGCGCUCUGAUUUAGUGUCGUUUUCCUGAAAUGCAGCCCCUUUUUAAUAGUUGAAAUAGACUUGAUGUAUAUAUAUUUAUAUUUUUUAAUAAAGGAAAUACAGAAUUC